UUAAAAGGGAUCGGGAAACUCAUCAUACGACAACAGGCAUCCACAAAACUUCACUGAGCCUUGGUUACGUAUUGACAUCGUAGUUAUUAGUCGUUAGAAAAUCCUUGGAAGUCUAUUUCACUGAGGCAUCUAGCUUUACUGUGGUCAAAAUGUUUAUCGACGAGCGGAUCGUAACUCUGUUCAAACGGAACGCCCAUCACACACUGACCUACUGGAGUGUUUUCUUCAGCUUUGGACUCUGCAUUGCAUUCCUUGGACCUACAAUUUUGGACUUGCAAUGUCAGACAAACUCAACUCUUAGUCAGAUUACAUGGGUAUUUUUUUCCCAGCAGUUCUGCUUGCUGAUCGGUAGCUCUAUUGGUGGAGUAUUCAAGAGGACGUUGUUCAGUGCCCUAGCUGCUUUGUUUGUCUCAGCUCUCACCAUCUCUGUAAUAUUUGCCAUCAUCCCUCUGUGCAAUAAUGUUCUGGUGCUUGCCAUUGCCAUGGCUGUGUCUGGACUGGCAAUGGGCAUUAUUGACACCAUUGCUAACAUACAACUGGUGACCAUCUAUCAGAAGGACUCUGCUGUUUUCUUACAGGCUCUUCAUUUCUUCAUUGGGUUCGGAGCCCUGGUGAGCCCACUGAUUGCAGAUCCUUUCCUCUCGGAGACGGGCUGCGGGAAUCACACAGAGAAUAGUACCGAGAUUAUGCAUCAUUUCAGGAGCAUGCUGAGAAACAGUCCGAUUGCAGAGCACAACAUAACUCAGAGCCACCUGCCCCAUAAUGGAGGGGAAGAGGAGUCCAGUGUGCACUAUGCCUUCUGGAUCAUGGCGCUUAUUAAUCUGCCCGUGCCCAUUGCAGUCCUGUUCUUGAUGUACCGGGAGCAGCUCAUCCCAUGUUGCCCCAGCGGCACUCCUCGUCUUCUGGACAAAGAUGAACUAGCAAUGGAGAACCAGCAAGGGGCCGAGGGCCCUGAUGAGGAGCAGAGGGAGCAUGAAGCUGGAGGCCAUGGGGAUAUCUUUAGCUGCUGUCAGAAUGAUAACCUACGUGGACUGCCAGUAUCAUUCUUUAUGAUUCAUAUCCUUGGUGGAAUGGUGCUCUUCAUGACCGAUGGUAUUGUGGGUGCUUAUGCUGGUUUCGUGUACACCUACGGUGUGUCACCACCCAUCUCACUGCCUCAUAAGACAGCAGGUUACCUGGCCAGUGUCUUUUGGGCAGCGAUCACUGUGGGACGUCUGUUGUCCAUUCCUCUUUCGUACCGUUUUCAGCCUGUGAGACUGCUCAUGUUCAACAUAGCAGGUGCUAUUGUUACUGUGUUGAUGCUGCUUAUUUUCUACACAAGUAGCAUCUUCCUGUUUGUCGGGACCUGUCUAUGCGGGCUUUUCCUCAGUAGCGUAUUCCCCUGUAUGCUUGCUUAUACCGAAGACAUCCUCGAUUAUCAAGGGUGUGCAACGUCUGUCCUGGUGACAAGUGCAGGGAUGGGAGAGAUGGUAAUGCAGGUUCUGGUUGGCUCAAUUAUUCAGACUAAAGGAAGCUACAGCUUCCCACUGUGUGGAAUGAUAAUCGCCUGCAUCGGUUUUCUUCUCUUUAUUGGUCUCCUGCUGUUUCAUCGAAUGCACAGAAAUUACCUCACAGGAACGACGAAAAAGUCAGCCAUGGUGGAGGAACCGGCUACAGAACAGAAUGGAUCUGCCAAAACAGAACAGAAAGAGGAGAACGAGAGCAGCUGAUGGGGGGUUAAAUGGAAUAAUGAAGUAUUACAACAAUCCAUCAACAAAGAAUGUUAUUUGCCAAAUCACCAUGCGCAGGUAUACUUUUAUUCUGCUGGAAAUGACAUGACAUUUGCAAAGUAAAUGCUGUCCUACUUUCAGAAGUUAAAGUUCAAACUCCUAGUUUUUGUUUGGUAAAUCACAGACAAUGUUCAGCAAAUUGUGGAUCUGUGUUUUGUUUUAUUUCGGGAUUUCAAAUUUACAAUGCCAGGAUUAUGAUGAUAUUUACAUGUAGGAUACCUGACGAUUUUUUUCCGUUUUGUUUCGGUUUCUGUUGUUCGUUUUAAUGGUAACCUUUUGUUUCAACAAUGUUUUAUGUGUUUUCAUUUAUCUUUUGGAGCAUGUACAUGAAAAUAUGCAUAGUGUAAAAUAUGUACAUUUAAACAGUUGUACCAAUAAAGUGAACAUAGUGUGUUUUCGACUUUGCAGAGAAAAUU